UGUCCAGAAGAUGCUACAAAUAACACUUGCAUUACAAAUGGGCAUUGCUUUGCAAUAAUUGAGGAAGAUGAACAUGGAGAAACUGCAACAACAUCUGGUUGCAUGAAGCUUGAAGGCUCAGACUUUCAGUGCAAGGAUUCUCCCAAGGCACAGUUACGGAGGACAAUUGAAUGUUGCCGAACUGAUUUCUGUAAUAAGGAUUUGCGACCAACAUUGCCUCCAGAUGGCAGGGCAGAAGGAAUAUUUGGCAGAAGUGCACACCUCAUCGCUUUUAUAAUAUCCUUUGUAGUCUGCUUGUUUAUCAUGGCUGUCUUCAUCUUUAUCACUUGCUUCUACAAGAAUAAGCUGGCAUCUCAGAGAAUGCGCUAUAACAGGGAUCUGGAACAGGAUGAAGCUUUCAUACCAGCUGGAGAAUCCCUGAAAGCUCUCAUUGACCUGUCACAAAGUUCUGGCAGUGGAUCAGGGCUUCCACUUUUGGUCCAGAGAACCAUUGCUAAACAGAUCCAGAUGGUGAGACAGAUUGGAAAGGGAAGAUAUGGAGAGGUUUGGAUGGGAAAAUGGAGGGGUGAAAAGGUAGCCGUCAAAGUCUUUUUUACAGCUGAGGAAGCCAGCUGGUUCAGAGAGACUGAAAUUUACCAAACUGUGUUAAUGCGGCAUGAGAAUAUUCUUGGUUUCAUAGCUGCUGAUAUUAAAGGGACAGGCUCCUGGACACAAAUGUAUCUGAUAACAGAAUAUCAUGAAAAUGGAUCUUUGUAUGAUUUUCUCAAGUGUGCUACUCUGGAUACAAGAUCUCUCCUCAAGCUGGCUUACUCUGCUGCCUGUGGCUUGUGUCACCUCCACACAGAGAUAUAUGGUACUCAGGGAAAACCAGCAAUCGCACACAGAGACCUGAAAAGCAAAAACAUCCUUAUCAAGGAAAACUGGACAUGCUGCAUUGCUGACCUAGGACUGGCAGUCAAAUUUAACAGUGACACCCAUGAAGUGGAUAUUCCCUUGAACACACGUGUAGGCACAAAACGCUACAUGGCACCUGAAGUUCUGGAUGAAAGUUUGAAUAAGAACCACUUCCAAGCCUACAUAAUGGCAGACAUAUAUAGCUUUAGCUUAAUCAUUUGGGAAAUGACCCGACGCUGCAUCACUGGUGGUAUUGUUGAAGAGUAUCAGUUGCCAUAUUAUGAUAUGGUGCCAAGUGAUCCAUCCUUUGAAGACAUGCGAGAAGUUGUGUGCAUAAAGUGUUUACGUCCCACGGUGUCCAAUAGGUGGAACAGUGAUGAGUGCUUGAGAGCAAUCUUGAAACUGAUGGCUGAGUGUUGGGCUACAAAUCCUGCUUCCCGUCUAACGGCCCUGCGAAUCAAAAAGACGCUUGCAAAGAUGGUAGAGGCUCAAGAUGUAAAGAUAUGA